GUAUCACGUAUUUCUAGCAUACGACAAAUUCGCCAUUUUUUAAAAAAGAUAUGGAUUCUUAUAAUUUUAGGCAUAAAAAUUUUAAUAACUCGAUUGUUCCUAAAAGUUGUAAGAAUAUUAAAUUUACAUCUAAUACAUAUAAAUUAAACAACAAAAAUAAUUUGACCAACAACUAUGGUGACAUCACAAUCUAUAAUUUUAUUGAGAAGGACUUAUAUGGAAAUGAGAUUGGCGAUUUGCCUAUUAAAUAUCACAUAAAAAAUAUUUUAUCCAAUGAACUUCCUGUUAUAGGCGUUUAUAUUGAUCCCAAAGUUUUACCUGGUUUUAAGUACAAAGUUAGAUACAUAAAGGAAGAUGAUAACAACCAAACUGGUGGAUUAUACCUAUUUAAUGGGAAAGCUCGAUAUUUAUUAAGCCUAGGAAGUGGUUAUGCAAAAAGAUUGACAUUUCAAGGUGCUACUUUAAAUAAUAAUAAAAAUUAUUUUUGGAGUGAUAGCAAUCAGCCAUAUGGUUUUGCUUUAUCAUUGGAUACCAUCAAUAUAGGUCAAAACUAUGUUAUUCAUUCAUCACUUACAAAAUCGACAUUGAUUGAUUGUUACAAUGAUAAAAAUAUAGAGAAUGCUAGACCCUUUUAUGACCCUGAUUUAAAUUCUCAGUUUAGAGGAUUGAAUAUACCAUCUAAUUUACUGGAUGAAAGAGAUAUUAUUGCACAUCAUAAUCCAGUAGGACAUGCAUCAAUAACAAAUAUUUAUCCUAUAGAAUUUAAUGAAAUAAAAACUAUGGUUAUACCUAUAACUGCUAAAGGAAAUUGCAAAUCUUUUAAAAUUGAAAAAUAUGUAUAUGUUAAAUUUGACUCAACUAUAACCUUUAGUAGGCCUAUAUUGGAUUUUCCCUUGAGAGAAUCAGAGUAUAGUCUUGAAGGUAUAGCUGUAAUUGUUAAAGAAAAUGGUAAAAAUUCAAAUUUUGCAGAGACAUGGAAGAUAUUUAAUGUUGUUCUCCCCUAUUUAGGUAAUUGUACAUUUGCAAGAGCUUGAUUAUUUUGUUUUAUUGUAUUUUUUUGUGUAAUUAAAAAUAGUGCUAUUUUAAUCUAAUUAGUCACAUUAUUUUAUAGUAAUCAUAUAGUCAUAUUAACCAAGUGAUUUGCAUAAUAUCAAAUACUCGCUAAAAUUUUCAUUAUAUAAACUAUAAACUUAAUAAUGCAAAUGUAUUUAUAUUUAUAGACAGUUUUGCUCAUAUUUCCAAUAACUUCUUCUCUAAAAUCAAAAAUUAUUUUUUACAGAUUUUAUUGUUUUAUAAAGCAAAUCAUAUAACUGAUUUUUUUAAGAUCAUUUUGAUGAAAUUAUAUUUUAGUUUUAAUACUAGGAUAGAAAUUAUUUUUUUCAAUAUUAUUAAUUAACAAAUUUUUUCUUUUAAAAAUGCACUCCAAUCUCCCUAAUUUUAAAUUAUAUAUUGCACCAGUAUUUUAUUUAGACAUUUUUAUGACAAAUUUUUUUUUAUAAAAUAAAUUGUAUAAUUAGAGUUAUUUCAAAAAAUAAUAAAAAAUGAAAUCUAUGUAUAGCAUUGCAAUUUUUUUUUAAUAUGAUAUUAUUUGAUUGAAUAGAAUAGUCCUUUAUAAAAUGUAUAUGAUUAUUUUAAUGCUAAAUAUUUGCCUAUUUUGUCUAAG